AUGCCUAAAGAAAAAAAUUAUAAUCCAGCACAGGAAUUUCAUAAAAAAAGAAAAAGAGAUCACAUAAAAAAAGCAAAAGCAGAAAAACAAAAGCUUCAAUAUGAAAAACUAGCAAGAAGAGAUGUUAACAAGAUCGAGACACAAAUUCAAGAGUUCAAAAGACUUGAGAUGAAAGGUCAAUUAAGUGCUCUAGAUCAAUCAAAUCUUAAAAUACUUGAAUCAGACCUUAAAAGAAUCAAAAAGGCUAGAAAAUAUAUAGGACCUAUUAUAGAGAGUGAAAAAACAAAAGCAAGAGAAGCAAAAGAAGAAAAACAACAACAAAAAAUACCAAAAAACCCGGAAAAAAGUAUUUAUUAUGAUCCUAUUUAUAAUCCAUAUGGUGUUCCUCCUCCAGGAAUGCCUUAUAAAGAAUGGAGUGAUAUAGAAGAUGAUGAGACAUCAUCCAAUGAACCAUCAACGCCAGAAUCUGUUUCAAUCAUUCCUAUGCCAAAAGGAUCGCCUCCACCAUCUUCAUAUCUAGAUAAAAGAAAAAAGAAGCAUCAGCUAGAACGUUUCAAACAUCCAAAAACCUUAAAUGAAAAGACAAACACUUUACAUUCUUCUCAUCUUGAAAAGCAAUUUAAAAAUGACAAUUCUAUCGAAGGAUCUUCUCAACCUACUUCUACACCCACUAUUGUUUACAGUGCAGAUUGUAUACUACGAGAUUUAAGAAAAGAAUCAACAACAUUUGUUCCUACUGCUGUUCGUCAAAGGAAAAUCCCACAACAUCCUUCAUUAAAAAAAAAUAUUAUACCUAAACCUGCUUUUAAACAAAAUCCUGUUUUUAAACCAAAACCAAAUAUUCAUAUCAAUGCUGCACCUGAUAUUCUAGAUGAUAUAUAA